GAGAGAGAGAGAGAGAGAGAGAGACUCGCUCCUGCGCACAGCUUUCAGUUGAAGUUGAACUCGAAUCUAGUUGGGAAUAUUUUAUACAUUUUCCCUUCAUUAAGCCACUGCAAGGAACAGACGCGCUCGCCUAAUCGAAGACAGCGGCAUAACACACACAGGCUUCCAUAGAAAUCGUGUACAGCUUGUCAUACCUGGAGAAAGAAGAUUGUGCAUAUGAUCCCAGUAACACCAUAACCAUAAUGAAGAAUGGAGGUGGGAAGUCAUGAUAUAGGGCUGAUUCUCUACAGUAUUGGAGGCAUUACAGCCAUGCCAUUUGGCUGUUUAAUUUUUGGAGAGAAGAAGGAUUAUAACAGUCCUGGUGAGGUCACUGACAAAUAUGACCUGGGGCAGAUGGUCAGAUCCGAGGAGUUUUGUGAGAUUUUCCGGGCCAAAGAGAAGAAUACACAGAAAAUGUACACCUGCAAGAAAUUCCUUAAGAAAGACGGGAGGAAAGUGCGAAAGGCUGCGAAGAAUGAGAUACUCAUCUUGAAAAUGGUGAAGCAUCAUAACAUUCUCCAGCUGGUCGAUGUCUUUGAGACAAGAAAAGAGUACUUCCUGUUCUUGGAACUAGCCACAGGCAGAGAGGUGUUUGACUGGAUCUUAGACCAGGGCUACUACUCGGAACGUGACACUAGCAAUGUUAUCAGACAAGUGCUUGAGGCUGUGGCUUAUCUUCACUCUCUCCGCAUUGUGCACAGGAACCUGAAGUUGGAAAACCUUGUCUAUUACAAUCGUCUGAAGCACUCGAAAAUUGUGAUAAGCGAUUUUCAUCUGGCCAAACUGGAGAACGGACUAAUUAAAGAGCCCUGUGGAACUCCCGAAUACCUGGCUCCAGAGGUUGUUGGCAGACAGCGAUAUGGCAGACCAGUGGACUGCUGGGCCAUUGGAGUGGUCAUGUACAUCCUACUGUCAGGAAACCCUCCUUUUUAUGACGAGGCGGAGGAUGACGAUGACGACAGUCAUGACAAGAACAUGUUUCGGAAAAUUCUGACAGGAGACUAUGAGUUUGACUCACCCUACUGGGAUGAUAUCUCAGAUUCUGCUAAAAGUCUAGUUGCAUCUUUAAUGGAAGUGGAUCAAGACCAAAGACUGACUGCACAGGAAGCAAUCAGCCAUGAGUGGAUAUCUGGAAAUGCCGCUUCUGACAAGAAUAUUAAAGAUGGUGUCUGUGCUCAGAUUGAAAAGAACUUUGCUAAAGCAAAAUGGAAGAAAGCAGUCCGUGUGACAACCUUAAUGAAGAGGCUCCGUGCUCCAGAUCAGAGUGACUCUGGGGCCUCAAGUCCAGCUUUCGGAGCAUCUGCAGGAUCAGUGACUUCGAGCAGCACACCGGUUGCCAUGGCUGCAACUCCCGAACCUCAGUGCAGCACCCUUGAGCUCCAGGAAAUAAGAGCAGUUGAGGCUCCAGCACGGUGUAAUGGAGAGAUCCCUGUUCCUUUGCAGCUUAGUGUCGAGACCAGAGAAGAGCAGAAUGGCUAACAUGUCGCCAAGGCAAACACACUUAUUUUGGAAAGGAAGACAUAUUGAAAAUCACUGGGCAAGUGAAAUUACUUGUUGAGAGCCAUUUACUCAUACUUAAUCCAUUUGCAUAUCCAUCUCAGUUUGUGUGUUUUUGACUUGUUCAAAUGUACCUGCAAGCUGUUUAGAGUAACAUAAAACCACAAACGUAUAUUAUUUCAAAUGAAGCAUGAGUUCACAUUAAUUCAUGUGUAACUCUUAGACUACAGUGUAGAUUAAAAUACAAGAACAAGCUAAAUUACAUUUUGUUCCUGUUCACAUUUAGAUGAAUGUAAAAUAGGGAGGGCAGCCUAAUAAUUAUUCAUUGAAAAACGAAUAAAUAAUACAAAGAAAAUGCAUGACAUGACAUACAUGACAUGACAAAUAUAAUAUAAAUGACCUUUUAUUAAGUGAGUAUAUAGAUAAAGAAACAAAAAUUCUAUUAAAUAAAUGUAAGAAUUUUGUCUGACCUUUGGUUUUAUUUUUUCACUAAAAGUAAGCACUUCUUGGUGUAUAUCUUUCCUGCCUAUGUUUGAGAAUAAAUUACCUGGUACUGUCUUUUACUCAAAACACAAACAUUUAGUAUUUUUCCUUAUGUCAAAAUCAAAUCUACUAUAGAAAUAAUAACAGGAGUAACAGUGACGUGUUAAUGUCUUUCAUUUAAUGACUUGAUGUUUUUCAUGUGUAAACAAAAAAAAAUCCUUAAUCCUGCACAAUUAGGUUCCAGUAUUUUGGGUUAUUUCUUGCUGUACAAAUGCAUUUUCCUCUGUUCACCUCAUGUUUAUGUCGUUCUCAGACUUUGUGGUUUACACUCACUGGGCCUCAUUUUUCAGACUGAAUGCGAAUGUAUUUAGUUAUAAAUCAUUCACAAGAGCACUUACACAAGAAAUGUGUUAUUCAUGAAAAUCCACUUAGUUCAUAUUCUGCAAAAGCUCCUUGCAGAAAUGGUUUAUAUGAAGUACAUGCUCAAGAUUUAAUCAUCAUUUUAUCUCAAUUGCAUAACGAAUUUUUAAUGAAGAUUUUCAUUAAACUCAGCGUGACUCGGCAGUUUCAUAUUAACUCAGCAGUUUCAUAUUAAUAUUUAUAACAAGUAAGAAAGUGAUCUGAAACAAAAAACAAAACAAAAGUAAAGGCAAAUAAAAUUGUUGUCUGAAUUUAAAUAAUAAAAAAAAGAUUGUAGGCAUAACACUGCAGUGGCUAAGCUGCAUUUGUGGAAUAUAUUUAUCACACACCACCUUUAGGAAAUUUGAUAUUUGGUCAGCAUUUUGGUUUUACAGCUCUUUGAGCUUUGCUUUUGAUUGAGUUUAAUGAAAGUCCCUAAAUGUAAAUCAGCUGUGCUAGAAACAUACUUGGUCAUUGGUUGAUUUAGCAUUAUUAAAACUUAAAUCUGUCCAGAAUUAUUUAAGCACACAUUUAUCAAACAUUUAAUAAAUUAUGUCCAUUUCAUGUUAAUGUAUGUCAAAGUUAAAGCUUUCAAGUUAGUUAGUUGUCUCUCGGAAGAGAUGAUUGCUUUAUUUAAAAAAAUGUGCAUGUGUCCUUAUUGAUCUUGGUGUUUUGUAAUUAAUCUAUUCUGUACACAUAAACUGUUGUCCUGACAUGUAUUUUAUAUUUUCUUAAUGAGAUUGAAAUGCCAAAUUCAAUCAAGCCUAUACUAUUUAUUGUUCAAAUAAAAAUACAUUUUACUAAAUGGGUAAAUUGGACAUUUUAGCAGACUAUUUGCUAACUAUGAAAAUAUUUUAAUACUGACUAACCAACUUACAUCAUCUUUUACAUAAUUGGUGUUUUCACUUGGUUUGAUUGAAUUUGAAUCAGUUGUAUGUUGUAUGUAAAUUGUAUGUUUGUUGUAUUGAUGUGGUAGAUAUAUGUACAGCAUUUCCCAAAGAAAUGCAUAUUAUGGUGAAUACAGUAGUCAUUGUGUAGUUAGUUAAAAAAAAAAAAAAAAGAAAAAAAAAAGCCCAUGAGUGGGGUUGUUCAUGGAUUCUGUUAAAUGUGCAGUACAAACUGAGCAAUAUUUCUAUUGCUGUGAUACUGUGAAACUGCCAUACUGGUGAUGUGGGGGGGGCACAUGCCAUCUUUCAUGCAGAUUAUUGAGCAAUUUACAUCAUUGUUUUAGAACGCUGUUGUACUCCACAGUGAGUUUGUUUUAUUUAUUUAAUAAAACUUUAAUUUAUUUUUAAGUCACAUAAAAUUGAUCACACUGUUGUGGCCAUUUGAACUAGUUUUGAACUAAUUUUAUUUGACAGUUUUUUUAUUUGUUUAUCUGUUUAAACAUAUUUUAGUCUAUGCUCUGGUAAUGUAUCAAUGCAGUGAAUAACACACUUUCAACAGCAGAUUUGCCCUUAAGUAUAAUGUUUGUGUUAAAUUGCAUCUCUAAUAAAGACAUUGCUUAGGCUAA